AUGGAUGUGGAUGCGUUUGCUGUUACCGAGAGGAUCCAUGGAGGAGUUUGCGCUCAAGUUCUAAGAGCAGCUCGAAAAGAUGAUGGCCUACCUGUUAUACUAAAAUGCUAUGACGCUGAACACUUAGAAUCAAGUAUGACGGCAUACGUACCUUCCGAAGGUGAACGGCCAGUUCUAAAAGAGGCGUAUUUCUUGAAAAAACUUCAGAAUGUGAGUGGAUGUGUGAAAAUGCUUGACUACUUUUUUGACGAAAGAAACAACAUAUACGUUAUUGUCCUUGAAGAUUUGUGUGCCGCAGGAUAUUCAAAGUUAACUCAGGAAAUACAUAAGAACGAUGGAUUUUUAACGGAAGCUUCGAUUUCUUGGAUUAUGCGAGACACUAUCCGCACCAUACAAGAAUUUCAUAGUUUGAAUGUCCUUCACUGUGAUAUCAAACCAGACAAUAUUUUUAUAAAUCGAAACGAAAGGCGUAUCAAGCUUAUCGAUUUUAAUAUUGCCAUGGAAUUGGUUCCCCAAGAAUUUCCCAUCCCCGAUGCGCGGACAUUAGGGUGCACACCAGAAUACGCGCCACCAGAGGUGCUCAUUCGCAAGUGUCUGUGGACGCCGGCAGGUGAAGUAUGGUCUAUUGGAGCAACUGCGUUUGUUCUUUUAUGUAAAAAAUUUCCAUUCGCUGAUCCCUAUUCUUGUCACCGAAUGCGCCCGGCUUAUCCAGAAAAUCAUGAAGAUAGCAUAACUGAUGGCUGUCGAUAUUGUGAAGAAACAAACAACAAGAACUCAAUGCCUGCGCCUUCCCUGUCUCUUAAGGCCAAGGAUUUUUUGCUUUCAUGCCUGCACAAAAGACCUGAAAGUCGACUCAAUUUUCAGCGUCUUUCUGGUCAUGCAUUCCUUACAAUUUCCCAACCCGUCGCUCGAAAUCUUGGUACGGAUUCUGUUUCCUUAAGCAAACACUUAUCUGUGUCUGCUAAAGCUUCGUAA